CCAGUCAUGUGACAAUAACAAAACUCUCCGUCAGGUUAGACGCAAAAUGUGCAACUUCUAUUGAUAUUUAAAAAAUAAAACUAGUUGUACAAAGGACACAUAUGAAAAUCAAUAUAGCUACAUGAAUAAACGAGGUCUACAGUUUUGUUUUGGAGGUGUAAGUAUCGUUUUCCGCUAACACUGCUAACUGCGGUUAGCUUCAUGCCGCUCUCCCCCGGCUGUUUUCGGGGUAAAAGUGCAGCCAGCACGCAGACGCGCACGGUCAUUGGCCUCUGCAGGUAAACCGAGAUGGCUCCGCUAAGGUUCUGUGCGAAUAUUUCCUGGCUGUUCACGGAGCUUCCAGACUUCAGUCAGAGGAUAUAUGCGGCUGCCUCGGCUGGCUUUCAGGCGGUGGAGGCUGCCUGGCUCUACGACUGCGACCUGCCGGAGCUCCAGAGAGCCAGAGAGGCUACAGGAGUGGAGGUGGUCCUCAUCAACACCCCGCCCGGAGAUGUAAAGGGAGGUGAUCUUGGUCUCGGAGCGGUUCCUGGAAGAGAGGCAGAGUUCAGACAGGGUCUGGAUCUGGCUUUGAAGUAUGCACGAGCUUUGGACUGCAAAAGGAUCCACCUGAUGGCAGGGAGGCUUCCUGUGGGCUCGCACAGAAUGGCGGUUGCCAAGGAGAUGGAGGCCAUCUUUGUGCAGAACCUAACCUAUGCUGCUGAUAUCCUCUCAAAGGAAGGAAUCACUGGCUUGAUUGAACCAAUCAACACAAGGAUUACAGAUCCCAGGUAUUUUCUGGACUCUCCUCAUCAGGCGGCUGCAAUACUGGAGAAGGUCAGAAAGCCCAACAUCAAGCUGCAAAUGGACGUCUUUCACUGGCAAAUAAUGGAUGGAAACCUGACACAAAACAUACACAAGUAUUUCCCCAUUAUUGGUCAUGUUCAGGUGGCUCAGGUCCCGGGCAGGAAUGAGCCCGACAGUGGCGGAGAGCUCAGCUACAGCUACCUGCUGAAGACUCUGGAGGAGCACGGCUACCAGGGAUACAUCGGCUGUGAAUACAAGCCACGAGGCUCCACAAAGGAGGGCCUGGGCUGGAUCAAAGAUUACUGCACACACAGCCAAUGAUGAGCCCAGCUGUCCAGUCACACAGCUGUGCCUGCUUCAAGUGUUCUGCUCAAUGGCUCCAACAUUAUAAACAAGUCAUAAACGUUUAUGACAUAACGCA